AGGAAAUGAUAGUCUUUAAAUUAUUGGUGAAUAUAUAUCACAUAUGAAACAUAUGCAGCUUUUACAUUUAUAUUUAGAUUCAAAUAAUGUAUAAUCUUAAGGAAUUAAUUCACUUUCUAGUGGCUUAAAAUCAAUGAAAAAAUUAAAAUCUUUAAAAAUCUUACUUGGUGAGAAUUAAAUAGGAGAAGAAGGAAUAAGGACAAUAGCCACAGGAUUUGAACAUUUGAGAGAGUUGUAGGAACUUUCUUUGUUUUUGGGAUGGAAUUGUAUUUAAAAUUAAGGUAUAAAAGAAUUAGCUGAUGGGCUAAAAAACUUAAGAAAAUUAUAAUCUUUAGAUCUUAAUUUUUAUCAAAAUGAUAUGGAGGAUGAAGCUGCAGUUGAAUUAUCAACUGCACUUUUACAUUUAACAGGAUUAUCCUAAUUAUAAUUAAUGUUAAAUUAUAAUAAAUUAAGUACAGAAGGUGUUACUGCUUUAGCAGGUUCUAUAAAAUAAUUAAAAAAACUAAAAAAACUUACAUUGGGAGUAUUAAAUAAUUUAAUUACUGAUGAAGGUGCUUUAGAAAUUGAAAAAGCUAUAAUUUUGCAAGUCCUAUUGUGA